AUGCAGGAGAUGAGUUUCGAACCCAAUGCCCUUACCUAUGCGGCACUUUUGGCGGUGUCUUCUCCAAAGACGGGCUUGGAACUGUUGAAACAGAUGCCUGUGGUGUCCCUGCAAAUUUACAGUGCCGCUGUGGGCCUUUGUCAGCGCAUGAAUGAUUGGAGAACUGGACAUCAACUCAUACAUGACAUGCGGAGCAAGCGCUGUGAUCCAGACGUGGUGACAUACUCCUUUUUGAUCAGCUGCCAUGAGACGGCCAACCGCUGGCGUGAAGUCCCUCGGCAGAUGGUUGGCCACACGUUUUUCAUGUUUUUCUCCGAUUUGAGGCUGCUGCGAGGAGCUUGCCUGGUGCAUCUCAUCAAGAGGCGUAGUGAGCGGCUGUGGGUUCGUUGUCCUUUUUUCCAAGUCUUGCUCGUUCAGAUGCUCUUUUUGAAGGGCAAGGUGGAAGCCUACAUCCACGGGCCGGUCUUGGCAGCGCAUCCCAAGCUGAAGGAUCAUUUGGCGGAGCUUGCCAAGGUGGAGGGCUUGGGAGUUGGCUGGCGGCAGCUUGCUGAAGCUCAGGGGGCCGCACCUGUGGAGGCCUCCGCUGAAGUGCUGGGCGCAGCUGCCGCACUCCAAGAUAUGCAGGAGAGCCCUCCAGGAUACACAGCGCGACGCACGGGUCGCAGCGUGCCAUACUUGCUCUCCUUCUUAGAGGCGUGCGGCUGCCCAUCACGUGACCAAAGGGACCGGCCACCAGCUCCACCAGCUCCGCCUUUGCUGGCGCUGUUGCGUUUGGAGCAACUGGUGCGAUCAACCUUCGUUGAUGCGAGGGGUGAGGAGCUCCUUGCCAUGCUUUUGGAAAUGCUGCACGCUCCAGUGUCCAGCGAGGGCAGCUUGCGUGCAUUGCUUCACUGCUGUGACGGCAACACUGCGUAG